UUUCCCUCCUUCGACCGUUUGCCCAUCUAGUUCGAUUAGCGCGAAUUUCGAAUUCAAUCAAACCGUACAAAACUAUAAUCUCCCUCACCCUUCUCUCUUUCUCUCUCUUCCUACUUCGCCUCCCCGCCAUUUCUUUCUCCGAAAAAAAGCCCAGCUGUUCUUCCUUCUCAACGCGAACCCUAACUUUCCCAAUCAAUUUCUCCCCUAAUUCAAUCAAACUUUCAAUGAAUCCAUCAUAAAUCAUCAUCACUGUUAAGAAUUUCGCAACCGCGACGUUUCGGUGAUCGAAAUGAGCAGAGAGAAGGUUGAUAAUGGGCCUCGGAUUCUCUCUGUUGCAGCAUUGAUCGUGUUUAUUGCGUUGAAUUUACCGGGGCACGUAAACUCCGUCGGCGGCGACGAAGAGCUGAACCAGCCUACUAAUCCUGCCGCGGUUCAACUCUUCACGCAGGUCGUCUACAAUCAAUUUAACAAUCUCAGCAGGUUCCUCAGUCCCGACAUCCUCAAUCAGCUGAGUUUCUGCAUCAAGGACGUCGAUGUUGAAUGGAAUUCAGCUUUCAAUUUCUCUGCUAAUUUGGAUUUUUUGACCGCCUGCAUUCGAAAGACAAGAGGAGAUCUUCCACAGCGUUUGUGCACAGCAGCAGAAGUAAAGUUUUUCUUCAGUAGUUUCUUUCAAGGGGGUUCAAAGAAAACAAACUACUUGAAACCUAAUAGGAACUGUAAUUUAACCUCAUGGGUUCCUGGUUGUGAGCCAGGAUGGUCUUGUAGUGUUGGAAAAGGUAAAAAAGUUGACCUCAAAAGUUCAAAGGAGGUGCCUGAUAGAACCCUUAAUUGCCUGCCUUGUUGUGAGGGUUUCUUCUGCCCUUAUGGUAUCACCUGCGCGAUACCUUGCCCGCUUGGUUCUUAUUGCCCGCUCGCUAAGCUCAAUGAAACAACUGGUGUAUGUGAUCCCUACCGUUACCAGCUACCUCCUGGGCAGACAAACCAUAGUUGUGGUGGAGCAGAUAUUUGGGCUGAUAUCGUGAGCAGUAGUGAGGUAUUCUUGUAUACUUUCUUUACUAAUGAUAAUGUUUGUUCAAUUUUCAGACAUUUCUGCAGGACUGGUUCUACAUCACAGACAGGGUGUUUUAGCUUGGCAACUUGUGAAGCACAAACUGAAAUUCAGAAUAUUACUGCAUAUGGCAUCCUGCUUUUUGCUGGGUUAACACUUAUACUUCUCAUUAUUUACAACUGUUCCGAUCAAGUUCUCACUACUAGAGAAAAAAGGCAAGCAAAAUCCAGGGAGGCAGCUGCAAGAAGUGCUAGAGAAACUGUACAGGCACGUGAAAGAUGGAAAUCUGCAAAAGACGUUGCUAGGAAGGGUGCAGUUGGACUGCAGACCCAGUUAUCACGGACAUUUUCUCGUAAAAAGUCUGUGAGACAACCGGAACCGCUUAAGGGUCUGGGCCAACCUAAACCUGGAACAGAUGCAUCCUUACCACCAAUGCCUCUGAAAGGAAAGAAAAAAGAGCAGAGCAACCUUACAAAGAUGAUGCAUGAGCUUGAUGAAGAUCCUGACAGUCAUGAAGGCUUCAAUCUGGAGAUUGGAGAUAAAAAUUUGAAAAAGAACAUGCCUAAGGGUAAGCAGUUGCAUACUCGCAGCCAAAUUUUCAAGUAUGCAUAUGGUCAAAUUGAGAAGGAAAAAGCUCUGCAGGAGCAAAACAAGAAUUUGACUUUCUCUGGAGUCAUUUCAAUGGCUUCUGAUACUGACAUCCGGAGUAGGCCUACAAUUGAGGUUGCUUUCAAGGAUUUAACACUUACACUGAAAGGGAAAAACAAGCAUCUGUUGAGGUGUGUAACUGGGAAAAUUUUGCCUGGCCGUGUUUCUGCUGUCAUGGGUCCAUCCGGAGCUGGGAAAACAACAUUUCUUUCUGCUUUAGCCGGAAAAGCAACUGGUUGCACUAUGAGUGGUAUGGUUAUUAUAAAUGGGAAGGUAGAAUCAAUUCUUUCUUACAAGAAAAUUAUUGGGUUUGUUCCCCAAGAUGAUGUAGUGCAUGGAAACUUGACGGUGGAGGAGAAUCUGUGGUUCAGUGCUAGGUGCAGACUAUCAGCUGAUCUGCCUAAACCGGAAAAAGUUCUAGUUGUUGAAAGAGUCAUUGAAUCUUUGGGACUGCAGCCUGUUCGGGAUUCCCUGGUUGGGACUGUGGAGAAGCGAGGAAUCUCUGGAGGCCAAAGGAAGCGAGUAAAUGUUGGGCUGGAAAUGGUCAUGGAACCUUCUCUAUUGAUCUUAGAUGAACCUACUUCUGGUUUGGACAGUUCUUCUUCACAGUUGUUACUUAGAGCACUUCGUCGUGAAGCUUUAGAAGGAGUAAAUAUUUGCAUGGUGGUUCACCAACCGAGCUACUCCUUGUUCAAGAUGUUUGAUGAGUUGAUACUCCUGGCUAAAGGUGGUCUUACUGCAUAUCAUGGACCGGUGAAGAAAGUUGAAGAGUACUUUGCAGGCCUUGGGAUCAAUGUUCCUGAUCGUGUUAAUCCUCCAGAUCACUUCAUUGACAUUCUAGAAGGAAUUGUAAAACCGAGUACAAGCUCAGGCAUAAACUAUAAAGAACUUCCCCUUCGAUGGAUGCUUCAUAAUGGAUACACAGUACCCCCAGAUAUGCUAACUUCUGCUGGAAUGUCAGCAUCCUCUGCUGAUAAUUCAGCUCACGGAACAAAUGCUGCUGCCCCAGGGUCCGAUGGACAAUCUUUUGCUGGAGAUCUAUGGCAAGAUGUGAAGUUUAAUGCUGAGUUGAAGAAGGCUCAUUUACAACAUCAACUUUUAAAGGCACAAGAUUUAUCCGACCGGAAAACCCCCGGUGUUUUCCAGCAAUACAGAUAUUUCCUCGGGAGGGUUGGCAAGCAGCGUCUACGAGAAUCUAGAAUGCAAGCAGUAGAUUUUCUGAUUUUAUUGCUUGCUGGAAUCUGCUUAGGAACACUUGCUAAAGUGAGCGAUGAAACUUUUGGAGCUCUUGGAUACACUUACACAGUCAUUGCAAUUUCUCUCCUCAGUGGAAUUGCGGCUUUGAGAUCAUUUGCUUUGGAUAAGUUACACUAUUGGAGAGAGAGUGCUUCUGGCAUGAGCAGCUUGGCUUACUUUCUCGCAAAGGAUACAAUUGACCAUUUCAAUACAAUCAUAAAGCCUGUUGUCUAUCUCUCAAUGUUUUACUUCUUCAACAACCCAAGAUCGUCCUUCUUUGAUAAUUACAUUGUUUUGGUUUGUCUGGUGUAUUGUGUGACUGGUAUUGCUUAUGCAUUUGCCAUUUACCUCGAACCUGGUCCAGCGCAACUGUGGUCAGUGCUUCUUCCAGUAGUUUUGACUCUCCUUGCAAAUCAGAAUUACACAGAAGGAAUUCUAAAGAUAGUAGAAAACAUGUGCUAUACAAAGUGGGCUUUGGAAGCAUUUGUGAUAGCAAAUGCUGAAAGGUAUUCUGGAGUGUGGCUGAUAACAAGAUGUGGUUCACUAAUGAAUUACAACUAUAAGCUCAAUGAUUGGUUUCCUUGCAUAAUUUAUCUCAUCCUCGGGGGUAUAGUUAGCCGUUGUGUAGCCUUCUUUUGUUUGGUAACGUUCCAGAAGAAAUAGGUCCAGGUCCGUCAUUCUCUUCUUCUUUCCU